AAAUAACAGAGAGAUGACUGAAACCGCUCGAUCUGUGGUCUAACAAAUAACAAAAAAGUGACGCCGUUGCGUCGUGGCGUGAAAUUUAUUCCAAUAACUGUAGAAUUCUUGUUGUAGUUGUGGCACGAAUCUAAUCGAGGAAUAAAGCGCGUCCCAUUCGACGCCACCGCUACUCCAAAAAGAUGACCGAGAGUGACAAUUUAAUUCCACCUCUCGAACCUGAAAUACAACUCGGGCAACUCAACGGAAGUGCCAUGAAGAAACGGUUCUUCGUCAUAAAAAUCUUCUACAAGGCAAUUUUGAUUUUCGUCGGCUAUGCCAUCUCCUACAUGCAAUGGUCUUUCAUCCUCCUAUUUGUGACUGCGGGUACUUUAAUAUGGCUCGAACAGAGAGAUAACACCCAUGCCAGCAAGAUAAAAGUGAAAGCUACGGCCUGUUCGUUCACGAAACAAGACUUAGUCCGACGAAUCGACGAAAUACCGUCAUGGGUCAAAUUCCCCGACAGGGAACGCGCCGAAUGGCUGAACCAGGUAAUAGCCCAACUGUGGCCCACUGUCGAAAGCUACAUUGUCAAGCUGUUCCGAACCUCAAUCCAGACGAAAAUUCGGAAAAAAUAUGACUCUUUCCAGUUCGAAAGCAUCGACUUCGGGCCUACACCACCCAAAAUAGACGGUAUUAAAGUAUACACAGCCGCCGCAACCACAGACUCGAUUAUCAUCGACUUUGAUGUUUUCUAUGACGGCGACUGUGAUAUUAAUUUCUCCUUCUCGGGGGCCGAAAUCGGUGGCAUUCGCGAUUUUCAGUUAAGCGUCGAAGUCCGAGUUGUCCUGAAGCCACUCCUGCCCAAAGUCCCCCUAAUUGGAGGAAUCCAAAUCUAUUUCCUCAAUACGCCCGAUAUAAAUUUCACUCUGGAAGGUCUAUCCGGCAUUCCAGGCCUUAGCUCGUUCAUUCGGUCCAAAAUCGAGGAAAAAAUCACCAAAAAGAUCGUUUUUCCGAAUAAGAUCACUAAAAGGUUCUCCAAAUCGGUGGCACCGUCUGAACUGAAGGCCUUAGAACCGGCCGGUGUGCUCCGGGUGCACGUUUUCGAAGCGAAGGAUUUGAUGGCAAAGGAUAUAACCGGAAAAUCUGAUCCUUAUGUUAUCCUGUAUGUGGGGGCGCAGGAACGGAAGAGUAACACUGUGAAUCAGUGCCUUAACCCCAAGUGGGAUUACUGGUGUGAGUUUGUUAUAAUUGACCCGAAGGCGCAACACCUGGGAUUCAAGCUUUAUGAUCGGGAUAACGUCAAUGAGGAUGAUUUUUUGGGAAGUGGCGAAGUUGACAUAGCCUCAGUCCUCAAAGGACAAACUGACCAAUGGAUCACCUUAGAUAGUGCCAAACAUGGGGCAAUCCACCUACGUUUCACUUGGCUGUCUCUCUCCUCGGAUCUUGAAGAUCUUGAUGAGAUUUCAAGAGAGACAAAAUUAUUACAAGUUGACCACAUAAGCACCGCUCUCUUGACCAUAUACGUCGAUACGGCCACGAAACUUCCCGAAGCUAAACGACUCGUGAAACCCCAUCCUUACUUUAUCUUAACACUGAGGGACCAAAAAGAGAAAAGUCGGGUCAAAAAACACACAAAUGACCCGUGUUGGGAGCAAGGAUUCGUAAUGUUGGUACCGAAUCCUUUGGAAGAUUCCCUCCACAUGGCCAUUUUGGACAAACCAACAGGGAGUCUUUUGACGCAAUUCUCCUACAAAAUCUCCGAUCUGAUGCAACUACCAGAUUUGGAAAUCAGCAAAAAAGAGUUUAUUUUAGAUAACGAGGAAAGUAAAGUCGUACUUUCGCUACAAUUACGGAUACUAACAAAUGAAAGUUACAAAAUCGAGGAUGAGAGUGAGAGUGACUCUGAGGGUGGAUUGUCACGUCAAAGCUCACUAGAAGAAACAAGUGUGAAAUCGCGGGGUUCGUUCCGAAACUCCCCCAAAAAAAUUCUCGAAGACGUACUAUCCAAGACAUCAGUCUCGCCCCAAUCGGCUAAGCCACCAAUCCAACGCACACCAAGUGUUAACGAGCACCGGCUAGGCCGCCUCGAAAUAAGUUUAGAGUACAACGAGCCGCGACAAAAACUCCUAGUGACAGUACACCGAGUAUCUAAUUUGCCGCUGAAAGACCCCUCCGACAUUCCCGACCCUUACGUUAGGAUAAAAAUGUAUUCGCAAGGUCACACCACAGGCCCCACCUACCGUACUAAGGUGGUGACGGAUAACUGCAACCCCGUCUACGAGGAGACUUUCGAGUACUUAUUCUCAAAAUCGGACGCUUACGAACAGACGCUUGUGGCAACGGUCAAGUCGAAGAAAUUCCUCCAUAAUAACACAAUGGGACAGGUUGAAAUUAAUUUGAAAUAUGUUAAUUUGAGCGAGCGGUAUCGAGAAUGGUUCGAUCUGUGCCCCAAGUCGAGUUAAGUCCGUGUUGUGAUCGCGAGUGAUUGUCCAAGUCUCUUUUACGGACGAAUUUUUUAGGGCACAGUUUGCAAAUGUGAGGGCGUGUCCCCGAGUGGAUUUUUUCGUGGGUGCGCAAGUUGGACGACUGGCAAAACGCCUUCGAGCAGAAUUUACAAAUGUAUGGCUUACUCUGUAACAAAUAAAGUAUUAUUUCUCCAAA